UACUAAUGGAUAUAGCUUAACUGUUGACAUAUGGAGCUUAGGGUGUACUAUUCUUGAGAUGGCAACAUCAAAACCUCCCUGGAGCCAGUACGUGGUGGUUGCAGCCAUAUUUAAGAUAGCAAACGGCAAGGAUUAUCAGGAAAUCCCAAAUAACCUUUCCAAGGAUGCCCAGGAUUUCAUAGAACUUUGCUUGCAAAGGGAUCCAACCACACGCCCUACGGCACUGCAACUGCUGCAGCAUCCCUUUAUCCAAUAUCUCUGGUGGAACCAACCAAAUUCAAUAAGGUUGAUGAAGCUUCAUUUACUAGCUUAUAUGGAAGGAAAUUUAUGCAGGCAGAUUCAGCUUCAGAUUUUCAAUCUAGUAGAUCGAAAACGUCGACACAUGAUAGAGAUAACAGGACUCAACAAACCAGCAGACCUUCAAAGGGCUCAUGGGAUGAAAUAUCAAUUACUUCUUUACCUGAAUCGCCAUGUUUGAACUCAAUUCAACAAUGCAAAUCAGCUUGUGUAAGCUCUCUUCAAUCUUUCUUAUCAACCUUCUUAUUAGUUGGUUUCAUUGACAGAUCCCCACACAGAUAAACAACUGGUGAAAUAUGUAAAUGAACUAAAGGCAUUGAGUUCCUUCUCAAUAUAAUUUUUGGCCAGAACUAGAGGUAUUAUGUUAGAAA